CCACUCUCUCUAUCUACGGGUUUAGCCAUGUCUCCCACCUUCGCCAUCUUCAACAAUUCUCACCGUCGCCUUCUCUGCAAUUUCUACUCUCUGCAUUUACACAGAUACAUAUCGAUUCCAUCAUCUUCACUUCCUGAGAUAAACUUGAACCUCUCUCACCCUACUUACAUGAUUUGGGGUUCCAACACAGGCGUCGGAAAAACCUUAGUUUCAGCUGGUCUGGCCUCUUCAGUUCUCUCUCCGUCGUCAAUUAUCUCUCCCAAGCCCACCAUAUUCUCCUACAUCAAGCCUGUUCAGACGGGUUUCCCCGCAGAUUCCGAUUCUUAUUUUGUAUACCGUAAGUGCUCCGAGAUAUUUCUCCGUCGGAGGUAUCCGGUUAGCUUGUUUGCUUCCAAUCAUGCUCUGAAGGCUUCGGUUCCGGCUGCCGCCCAGGUGUUGGGAGCUGAAAUAGUGGAGGGGAGUGAGUGUGGAUUGAAGGAUUUAUGUUGUUAUGAGGAGAGGAGAAUGCAGGGUGAAGAUUCUGGAGUAGUGAGGUCGAAAUUGGUUUGUAAGACGAUAUAUGCAUGGGAAGAGGCGAUUUCGCCGCACCUUGCUGCUGAGAGGGAAGGUGCAGUUGUGCCGGAUUCGCAGUUGUUAGAUUCGUUACAGAAAUGUCUUGAGGUUUGUUCCAGAGAUAAUGAUUGUGAUCGGAAUGAAGGAAUUGUGAGCGUAAUUGAAACUGCUGGGGGUGUUGCAAGUCCGGGGCCGUCGGGUACUCUCCAAUGCGACUUGUAUAGGCCUUUCAGGUUGCCUGCUAUUCUUGUGGGGGAUGGCAGGUUGGGUGGUAUAUCUGGGACUAUUUCAGCAUAUGAGAGCCUAAAACUUCGAGGUUAUGACGUUGUUGCUGUUAUUGUUGAAGAUCAUGGGCUGGUAAAUGAGAUCCCCUUGUCUUCUUAUCUGCGGAACAGGGUGCCUGUGCUCUUGCUUCCACCUGUUCCACAAGAUCCAUCAGACAACCUCAUGGAAUGGUUUGAUGAAUCUCGCAGUGUGUUUUGUGCACUUAAAGAUACAAUGCUGUCGGCUCAUUCAGAAAGGCUUCAUAGGUUACACGAAAUGCCGAAGAAGGCAGGGGAUAUUUUUUGGUGGCCAUUUACUCAGCACAAACUUGUUCCUGAAGAAAUUGUUACAGUGAUAGAUUCACGCUGUGGUGAGAAAUUUGCCGUCCACAAGGUUAGGAAUAAUGAUUUUAUUACCCAGCAAUUUGAUGCUUGUGCUAGUUGGUGGACUCAAGGACCAGAUGCCACUUUACAGAUUGAGCUUGCAAGAGAUAUGGGUUAUGCUGCUGCAAGAUUUGGGCAUGUAAUGUUUCCUGAGAAUGUUUAUGAGCCAGCUUUACAAUGUGCUGAGCUUUUGCUUGAAGGUGUUGGUAAAGGUUGGGCAUCUCGAGUUUUCUUUUCUGACAAUGGAUCUACUGCAAUUGAAAUCGCCCUCAAAAUGGCAUUCCGCAAAUUCUCCUGUGAUCAUGGAAUAAUUUUGGAUUCUCCUGACAUGAACAUGGUUGGAAGGUGUCCUGAAUUCAAGGUGCUAGCUCUUAAUGGAUCAUAUCAUGGUGAUACUUUGGGUGCCAUGGAAGCACAAGCACCAUCUUCAUAUACAGGCUUCCUUCAGCAACCCUGGUACACUGGAAGAGGCGUUUUUCUCAAUCCUCCAACAGUCUUUAUUGCCGAAGGGAGUUGGAAGCUUUCCAUACCUGAACAGUUGCAGAGUGAAAAAUUCGAACUUGAUGUCUUUGGCUCACGGGAGGAGUUGUUCGAUCGGAGCAGAGACAAUUCUGAACUUGCUAGAAGUUAUUCAGUAUAUAUAUCACAGCAAUUAUUGCAGUUUCAAGGAUCAAGUAGGUUUACACAGGUUGGAGCAUUGAUUAUUGAACCAGUUAUACAUGGUGCUGGUGGAAUGCAUAUGAUUGAUCCGCUAUUCCAGCGAGUAAUUGUUAAAGAGUGCCGAAGUCGACAAAUCCCCAUUAUUUUUGAUGAGGUUUUUACAGGUUUCUGGCGUCUUGGAGCUGAGUCUGCAGCAGAACUACUUGGAUGUUAUCCAGAUAUAGCCUGCUAUGCAAAGCUUAUGACUGGUGGGAUUAUUCCCUUGUCUGCCACUUUAGCAACAUAUUCCAUUUUUGAUGCUUUUAAAGGAGACUCUAAGCUCAUGGCCCUUUUGCAUGGUCACUCAUACUCUGCACAUGCUAUGGGGUGCACGGCAGCUACUAAAGCCAUAAGAUGGUUUAAGGACCCUCUGACAAAUAUCAAUAUUACUUCCGAUGGAAGGCAUCUUAAAGAGUUAUGGGAUGUGGAGCUUGUACAUCGGAUAUCUUCACUUCCAGAGGUGCAAAGAGUAGUUGCACUGGGGACUGUUUUUGCCCUUGAACUAUGUGCCGAAGGCCAUGAUGCUGGCUAUGCGUCACUAUAUGCAAGUUCUUUGGUCCAGACGCUCCGUGAAGAUGGUGUCUAUAUGAGGCCUCUUGGUAAUGUUAUUUAUCUAAUGUGCGGGCCAUGCACGUCUCCUCAUGUCUGUGAUGAGUUGCUAUCCAAACUUUAUGGAAGAUUGCAUCAGUUCAGCCAAAGAAAGGCGAAAGAAUCACAAGCUCGUGAGCUAUAACAUGUGCACUUGUUCUUUCCACCAAAAAAAGAAGAAAAAAAAAAAAUUUGAAGAUCUU